GGCGGGCGCGUCGCUGAGCGCAGGCCGCGGCGACCGCGGAGUAGUGGGAGCUGCCGACAGUGCGGGCCUGCGUCCCAGACCCGCUAGCCCUCCCCGCGCCCCCUCCUCAGUCCCGGGCGCGCGCACGGCGGGGCCCCAAGGGGCUGGCUCUUCAGGGAGCCCGCCACCUGACCCCGACCCGCGCCGCGACCCGGAGAAGCUCGGCCGAGUCGCAUACGGAAGUGCUUAGCUCUGAACAGGCUUUGUAAAGCGGAGAAGAGGAUCCAGUCUGUUUUGGGGGGACACUGGACAACCGAAUAAAUGCAGUAUCUAAAUAUAAAAGAGGACUGCAAUGCCAUGGCUUUCUGUGCUAAAAUGAGGAGCUCCAAGAAGACAGAGGUGAAUCUGGAGACCCCUGAGCCGGGGGUGGAGGUGUUCUUCUAUCUGUCUGACAGAGACCCCCUCCGGCUGGACGGCGGAGAGUACACGGCAGAGGAACUGUGCAUCAGGGCUGCACAGGAAUGCCAUAUCUCUCCUCUGUGUCACAACCUCUUUGCUCUGUAUGAUGAGAACACCAGGCUUUGGUAUGCUCCGAAUCGCACCAUCACUGUUGACAACAAGACAUUGCUCCGGCUCCACUACCGGAUGAGGUUCUAUUUCACCAACUGGCAUGGGACCAAUGACAGUGAGCAGUCAGUAUGGCGACAUUCUCCAAAGAAGCAGAAAAAUGGCUAUGAGAAAAAAAAAGUUCCGGAUGCAACCCCUCUCCUUGAUGCCAGCUCGCUGGAGUAUCUGUUUGCUCAGGGACAGUAUGAUUUGGUCAAAUGCCUGGCUCCCAUUCGAGACCCCAAGACUGAGCAGGAUGGUCAUGAUAUUGAGAACGAGUGUCUGGGAAUGGCCGUCCUGGCCAUCUCACACUAUGCCAUGAUGAAGAAGAUGCAGUUGCCAGAACUUCCCAAGGACAUCAGCUACAAGCGAUAUAUUCCAGAAACACUGAAUAAAUCCAUCAGGCAGAGAAACCUCCUCACCAGGAUGCGAAUAAAUAAUGUUUUCAAGGAUUUCCUAAAGGAAUUUAACAACAAGACCAUUUGUGACAGCAGUGUGUCCACACACGACCUGAAGGUGAAAUAUCUGGCUACCUUGGAAACUUUGACAAAACAUUACGGUGCUGAAAUAUUUGAGACACCCAUGUUGUUGAUUUCAUCAGAAAAUGAAAUGAAUCGGCUUCAUUCAAAUGAUAGUGGAAACAUUCUCUGCUAUGAAGUUAUGGUGACUGGAAAUCUUGGAAUCCAGUGGAGGCAGAAACCAGAUGUUGUUCCUAUUGAAAAGGAAAAAAAUAAACUAAAGCGGAAAAAACUGGAAAAUAAACACAAGAAGGAUGAGGAGAAAAACAAAAUCCGGGAAGAGUGGAACAAUUUUUCAUACUUUCCUGAAAUCACUCACAUUGUAAUAAAAGAGUCUGUGGUCAGCAUUAAUAAGCAGGACAACAAAAAAAUGGAACUGAAGCUCUCUUCCCAUGAAGAAGCCCUGUCCUUUGUGUCCCUGGUGGAUGGCUACUUCCGGCUCACAGCAGAUGCCCAUCAUUACCUCUGUACUGACGUGGCUCCCCCAUUGAUUGUCCACAAUAUACAGAAUGGCUGUCACGGUCCAAUUUGCACAGAGUAUGCUAUCAACAAAUUGCGGCAAGAAGGAAGUGAGGAGGGGAUGUAUGUGCUGAGAUGGAGCUGCACUGACUUUGACAACAUCCUCAUGACCGUCACCUGCUUUGAAAAGUCUGAGGUGCUGGGUGGCCAGAAGCAGUUCAAGAACUUUCAGAUCGAGGUACAGAAGGGCCGCUACAGCCUGCAUGGGUCAGACCACAGCUUCCCCAGCCUGGGAGACCUCAUGAACCACCUCAAGAAGCAGAUCCUGCGCACGGACAACAUCAGCUUUGUGCUAAAACGCUGCUGCCAGCCCAAACCCCGAGAAAUCUCCAAUCUGCUGGUGGCUACCAAGAAAGCCCAGGAGUGGCAGCCUGUCUACCCCAUGAGCCAGCUGAGUUUCGACCGGAUUCUCAAAAAAGAUAUUGUACAAGGUGAGCAUCUGGGGAGAGGCACACGAACACACAUCUACUCUGGGACCUUGGUGGAUUACAAGGAUGACGAAGGAACUUCCGAAGAGAAGAGAAUAAAAGUGAUCCUCAAAGUUUUGGACCCCAGCCACAGGGACAUUUCUCUGGCCUUCUUUGAGGCAGCCAGUAUGAUGAGACAGGUCUCGCACAAACACAUCGUGUAUCUUUAUGGCGUCUGUGUCCGAGAUGUGGAGAAUAUCAUGGUGGAAGAAUUUGUGGAGGGGGGACCCCUAGAUCUCUUCAUGCAUCGGAAAAGUGAUGUCCUGACCACACCAUGGAAGUUCAAAGUUGCCAAACAGCUAGCCAGUGCCCUGAGUUACUUGGAGGAUAAAGACCUGGUCCAUGGAAACGUGUGCACUAAAAAUCUCCUCCUGGCCCGCGAGGGCAUUGACAGCGAGUGUGGCCCAUUCAUCAAGCUCAGUGACCCCGGCAUCCCCAUCACUGUGCUGUCCAGGCAAGAAUGCAUAGAACGAAUCCCAUGGAUUGCUCCUGAAUGUGUUGAAGACUCCAAGAACCUGAGUGUGGCUGCUGACAAGUGGAGCUUUGGAACCACACUCUGGGAAAUCUGCUACAAUGGUGAGAUCCCACUGAAAGACAAGACACUGAUUGAGAAAGAGAGAUUUUAUGAAAGCCGGUGCAGGCCGGUAACACCAUCUUGUAAGGAGCUGGCUGACCUUAUGACCCGCUGUAUGAACUACGACCCCAAUCAGAGACCCUUCUUCCGAGCCAUCAUGAGAGACAUUAAUAAGCUUGAAGAGCAGAAUCCAGACAUUGUUUCAGAAAGAAAACCAGCAACUGAAGUGGAUCCUACACACUUUGAAAAGCGAUUCUUAAAGAGGAUCCGUGACUUGGGAGAGGGCCACUUUGGGAAGGUUGAACUCUGCAGGUAUGACCCUGAGGGGGACAAUACUGGUGAGCAGGUGGCUGUCAAAUCCCUGAAGCCUGAGAGUGGAGGCAACCACAUAGCUGAUCUGAAGAAGGAAAUAGAAAUCUUAAGGAACCUCUAUCAUGAGAACAUUGUGAAGUACAAAGGGAUCUGCACAGAAGAUGGAGGAAAUGGUAUUAAGCUCAUCAUGGAAUUCCUACCUUCGGGUAGCCUUAAAGAAUAUCUUCCAAAGAAUAAGAACAAAAUCAACCUCAAACAGCAACUAAAAUAUGCCGUUCAGAUUUGUAAGGGGAUGGACUAUUUGGGUUCUCGACAAUAUGUUCACCGGGAUUUAGCAGCAAGAAAUGUCCUUGUUGAGAGCGAACACCAAGUGAAAAUUGGAGACUUUGGUUUAACUAAAGCAAUUGAAACUGAUAAGGAGUACUACACAGUCAAGGAUGAUCGGGACAGCCCUGUGUUUUGGUAUGCUCCAGAAUGUUUAAUUCAGUGUAAAUUUUACAUUGCCUCUGAUGUCUGGUCUUUUGGAGUGACUCUGCAUGAGCUGCUUACUUACUGUGAUUCAGACUCCAGUCCUAUGGCCUUGUUCCUGAAAAUGAUAGGCCCAACUCAUGGCCAGAUGACAGUAACAAGACUUGUGAAUACAUUAAAAGAAGGAAAACGUUUGCCGUGUCCACCUAACUGUCCAGAUGAGGUUUAUCAACUUAUGAGAAAAUGCUGGGAAUUCCAACCAUCUAAUCGGACAACCUUUCAGAACCUUAUUGAAGGAUUUGAAGCACUUUUAAAAAUAAGCAUGUAUAACAUUUAAAUUUCACUGUUUUAUCAGUUUCCCUUUCUCUCCAACAAAUACCCAAGCCAUUUAAAUUUUUUUUCAAUGGAAAAAGUAUGCAUUCUGUCUGAAAAGUCACGCAACAAAUUCUUGAGUACAUAUCCAUGUUUAAGGCACACUGAGGUGCUUAAUAUGUGUAAAGACUUCUUUAAAUCUGGUAGCAGUAAACUUAGUGACAAAUAGUGCAAAAUAUUACUAAACAUGUAAGCACUCCUUUCAGAAUGAUUAUACCACCAUUUCAUCUGGCUAUUUUACCUUCACCCAUAACUGCAUAUUGAAAUGGGCUUUUUCAAAAAAAGAAAAGUUGACCAAAGUAAUGUCUCAAAAUGAUUGCUUUUUUCCCAGCUGCCAGUUGAUCUGAAAUAGAUUUCUGGCACAUAAACAUACAGAUUGAUGGACUUAGCCAGUGCUCUAAUAUGCCCUCAAAUUUUGGUAUCUGUACAGUGAUAGACCAAGCAUUCUUGAAAUAUUAGAUACCAGUUAGUAUACUGUUGUUUCUGUACAAAGAUGAGUGUAUUCCUGUUACUAGUAGGACUUAAACUUUGAGCUGUUUCUCCAGUGGCUUAGCUUCUGUCCCCUUGGGUAACCACUGGUACCCAUUUUGAGAAAACUGUACUGGGGGCAGCUGUGGAAUAGAUACUUUGCUGCAUGAUGUUAACUCUAGAGAGCUAAGUCUGUGCCAGUGCUUUCUUAUGCGGUAUACCUUUAAUCAAGAUUGAUCCCAAGGACCUGGAUGCUAUCAUACAUGCUUUAAGAAAGUGUCAAUGUAUAUCCUUUUAUAACUCUUACCACUUCAGGGCAAGCUGCUCCAGCUUUUGUUUUGGAUGCUGUAUGCAACUAGUCAGAAUAUAUACCACAUACACUGUACUAUUCUUAGAGUGUUUCAGUACUUAUCCUCCAUCUGCAAGGAUCGAUCACUAUUUUUACCAUCAUCCUCUGGCACAAAACUUGAAAGAAAAGGCCCAGCUAGAGGCACUGUGGAGGUCACAAUCCACUAGACAAUUUUCACUUUGCUUGGAGGUAGCUGAGUAAUCAAAAUUGUUUGGAAUGUGAUUCAGUGUGAACCAUGAAGACCUGUAUGACCAAGAGUCUGAAAAGCAUUUUGUUAAUAUUGUCUAGCCGUUGUUCGAUAUUGUUACUUUUCACUUUUUUAGCCUGAAAAACUGUUCAGGAUUGUUUCAGUGGCAACAAUAAACCUGCCAUUUAAUUUGUUCAGUAGCCCUACAUCACCAAGGUCUCUAUGUAUGUCAAACCUGUGGCCACUCUGUAUGCACUUUGUUUACUCUUUAUACAAAUAAAUGUACUAAAGACUUCACAUG